GAGCUCAUAAAUUGAGUGUUUUAUUGCGAUAAUAAUGAGAUUCAUAUUAAUGUCCAAUAUUUUAAUUGUGUUUGCGUAUAACAUCGAUAUAAAUCAUCCAAUAUUAUAUCCAAAUAGUGCGACUAACGCGGACGAAUAUUUGCAUACGAGAUUCGAACGCAGUUAUUUCGGUUUCUCGGUGCUGCUGCAUCAUGACUCGCAGAAGAAUUCUUCAUGGUUGUUCAUAGGAGCACCCCGUGGAAAUUAUACGCGAUCAUCGCGUGAUCGAAUAAGCUUAAAAUUUCUAAAUGAACCCGGGGUGGUUUAUCGAUGUGGCUUGCCGGGUCCAUGUACAGAGAUUGAACCGGCUGUUAUCAAGAAUGAAGAAAUAUAUAUACGGCAACUUAAAACGCGCGGACUUAUAAGGAAGAAACAAUCCUGGUUUGGCGGCGCGAUGUCGAUAGAAAGGGACAGCGGUUUCCUUACGAUAUGUGCACCACGAACAGUUAUGAAUAUUAUACUCAGGAAUACGUGGAAUAGUAAAUACGUGGAAACUAUGCAGGGCAUGUGCUACAGCGAUCAUAUAUUGUCGACAAAAUUAUAUGCGGAAAUGUUUGAAAUUGAACAUUAUGAUUACAGCAGAGAUAUAUGGUUUGAUCCAAUCCAUGGUUUCUCUGUUGCCUUUGCAUCAUCGCGGGAUGAAGAAGUGAUAACUCGUAUCGUAGGAAGACCCAAUGAGGAUGUCACUGGUAGCAUCAACAUAGCACGUUUCAAGAGACGCAAUUUUGUUCAGUUUCCGUACACGGAAACUGUGGCUAUAUCAAUAAAUGAUGAUUUAUCGCAAUUUGGCUACGCGAUAACAUCAGGAUAUUAUUUCAAUCGAAAUCGAUCUCUUUAUGUCUGCACAGAUCCAGGAUGGGAUUACGUAGGACAGGUCGCUAUAAUUAAUCCGGAUAAAAAUGUUAUGGUCGCUCGUCUCUCGGGCACUGACAUUGGCGAAUUUUUCGGAGCGAGUUUGGCUACGGGUGAUUUAAACAAGGACGGACUCCACGAUCUCGUGAUCGGAGCACCGCAUUGGGGAACCGAUAACGGCAGAGUCCACGUGUACUUGGGUAGUCCGAAGGAAGAAUUUGAGACAGUUGCGAUUUUAGAAGGCGCCAUCGAGGAUGCGCUAUUCGGUUACGCGGUGGCGAGUGGCGAUCUAGACGGAGAUGGUUUUAGCGACAUUAUCGUGGGUGCACCUUGGGAGGAAUCUGGAGUAAUUUACAUUUAUAAUGGCGACGCAAGUUUAAAGGACAAAGUAAGACCUCUCGUAUCGCAAAGGAUCGCUAUGCAAUCACAUGGUCAUAAUGUUCUGAUGAACAUACGAACAUUUGGAUUUUCAAUAUCCGAGCCAAUCGAUAUAGACAACAAUGGGUAUGCAGACAUCGCAAUAGGUGCCUAUAAAUCAGGACAUGUCGUGGUACUUCGGAGUAAACCCGUUGUAAAAACAAAUUUAACCAUUUACACUAUUCCGAUUAUUUUACAAAGAAACAUCAGUGACUUUUUGAUUACGAUAUGCGUUGAUUAUCACGGUUACGACAUGGCGAAUACACGUGCUUUUAAGAUUUCCCUUAUUGUGGACAAGAAAUACAAACGUACCAAGAAAACUUUAUUGGAAUUGCUCUCAAGGGAGCCUCCCGUUCAUAUGUGUAUGAAUACCAGUGUUACACUUUUGGAUAAUAUUCAAGAUUUCAUUGAACCGAUCGCUAUUUAUGCGACGCAUGAUUUUAUAUAUAACGACUCGUCUACGAGUGAAUUCUGCAAAAUAUGUCCCAUUGAAAGUAAGAAUGGUAAAAACACUCAAACUCUUUUACUUCCCUUCGACAUUGGAUGCGGGGAGGACAGAGUUUGCAAUUCCAAUAUAUCUGCAAUAGUUCAAUUCCAGGGAGUCAGAGAGAAUAAUUCAUGGGUGAUCGGUUCUGAUGAUAUCACGUUGGAAAUACACUUGGAGAAUCGAGCUGAACCGGCAUAUCUUACGUCAAUUGUAUUUAUCUUCCCGGAGGGGAUAAUAUUGCGUAGUAUUUUACCAUUUUGCGAAGAGGAUACAGACGGAGAUAACUUGAUAGUUAUUUGCAACAUUGGUAAUCCGUUCGGAAUGAAUGAACAGAAAAUUGUAAAACUGGAUCUGGAUAUGAAACAUUUGACCGAUAGUUCAUUGCACGGACAUAUUCUAGAGUUCUCUAUGGAAAUACGAACUCGUAGUGUAAAUCAUGGCAUGCAUAUAAUUAAAGCUUGGCUUACUUUAUAUAGCGAGGUGUCCUUAUCAUUAAACGGGAAAACGUUCGAGGAAAGUUAUUAUUUACCUAAUUUGGAUAAGGAUCAAUUAAAUAUAACGUUUCAGCAUAAUUAUCAGAUAUUGAAAUUCGGUGCAACGUCUAUAGACGAGGCGCGACUUAUUGUCAACGUACCAGCUGCCACAGAGGAUGCAGGUUCUCUAGUGUUUUUAUAUAAGCCACGGAUAUAUAUAUCUGGAAAAUAUUAUAACUGUAUAUCGAAUGGGAUAGAUCUAGUAGAUGUGCAACAAAAUGGGCUUCGAGGAGAAACAACAUCUGAUUUGUACGCGUAUUUGGAUAAUAAUGAAACAUUACAAAAUAUAGCGCAUGAUCAUUUCAAGAGAGAUGUGAACGAUCGUAUGACUAUAGCGACUCGUACCUUGCAAAUGUUGUAUAGUGCAAAAACGGUAAAAUCAGAAGUUUUAAACGAUAAUCUGACAGUACGAGAAAGCGAUAUUAUAUAUUUAAACUGUUCGACAUAUGGUAUAAAUUGUUCAACAGUCUAUUGUGAUCUCAGUGCGUUAAAAACGCGACAAGAUGUCGGCAAGUUAGCGAUGAAAUUAAUUCUCAAUGCCACAAAGCUCAAAGAUAAUUUUAAAUUGUUGGACGAAACAAAGAUUGUAAAAUUCAGCACGGAUGCUUAUGUUGAAAUUAUACGCCCAGUAAAUAGGAUUUUUAACGUAGUUGCUAUACAUAAUAUAAAUCUUACGACAGAAUUUCAUAAUACUGCAAAGAUGCAGAAACUGCAAUUGUGGGUUGUGUUUGUGUCGGUUUCGUUGGGUUUAAUAUUAUUAUACAUUGUUAUUAUUAUGUUAAGUAUGAUAGGUUUUUUCAAAAGAAUGACAAAUGAAGAACUAUCUGCUUUAAAGACGAACGAGAUAACAGAGGAUGUGAACAAGGUGGAAAUCACACAUAUUGAAUAAAGGAUUUUUUAUACAUGUAUUUAUGUAAAUUAUUAUUGUAAA